AUGCCUCCCUUAUCCGUGGCCGCCACACUGGAUACAGCAAUUUCACGGCGAACAAAUGCGACCUCCGCGCGAAUGGGAGGGCGCGAAAUCACGACCCGCGACCAGGUGACCGCGCGUAGGGGCUUCCAAGCGACCGCUAUGAUGUCAGCGCUCUACCAAUUCGGCGAGCGCCAGCCCAAACCAGGAAGUCAUGCGUCCCAACCCGUCCCCGCACGCAGGCGAACUCGAAGUUGCACUCUUCCCCCGGCGGAAGCAAGCAUAUAUCCAUGCGUUCGAAAUCCGAAGAGUACGACUUCACGAAGCAGUCAGCCCCACCAUGAGGCUCGGUUAUCCAAAUUCGAAGCACCCCCAAACCCAGCACAGAAGGUCGUCACACAUCGUCACCGCCAGAGAAAACACACAGCCAGCAAACAGCAAAUCAAGCACGGACGCAGCAAGCAGCUAGCAGCACGACAGCGGAGCAGGAUCGAGGGAAAGAGAAACCCGCUUCCUCUCCCCAUCCAGACCUUAUAUCAACGCUCAACCGGGACACUAAUCCCCUCGGCCGAAGGGACCCGAUCAAUACCGCGUCCCAUCGCUCCUAACACUUCCGAUGAUGCGCUAGAAACUCGCCGUUCAAUGCCAGCAACGAAGAGGAAGAUUCCUUCAACCUCCGCGCAAGCGCCCGUGUCGAUUCCCGAAUCUGCCCGACCGGGUGUCGUCCGCGCUGUUGGUGGUGGCCUGCAGAUAAGAGAGCAUUUGUCUGCAGCAAUUAUCCUGACCUCAUUGCAUGUUAUAUAG